AUGGCUGUUGAUAGUCGCAGCGCCGGCAUUCGUAACGUACAACGACCUGGGGUGUCUCAGGAGGAGUCUCAGGAUUUCUACAAGACCUGGGCCGCUAACUAUGACAAGGACCUCCAAAGUGCUGAAUACAACGCUCCACGUGCAACAGCAAAGCUUCUGCUGGAACUGUUUGGAGGAAAAACUGAUGUACGUAUACUGGACGUCGCCGCCGGUACAGGGUUGUCUGGAGAAGCGCUUCAAGAAGUUGGAUUCCGUUCCAUUGACGCCCUCGAUCCUAGUGAUGAGAUGCUCGCUCUGGCAAGGGAGAAAAACGUUUACGGUCGUCUGAUCAAGGAUUUUCUUGGAACGAAUCGUCUGGACAUUGGAGAUGGAGAGUACGAUGCCACCGUGAUGGUUGGUGGGAUGGCGGAGGGUCACGUCAAGUGCGACUGUCUGGAAGAGCUCAUCAGGGUGGUUAAACCAGGAGGAUUUGUUGUGAUCUGUAUGCGGGAGGGGAACCUGAGAAGGGUGCCGGAGUACCAUAAACUGGAACCCCGCAUGGAGGCGCUGCAGCGCGAAGGAUGCUGGGAGUUGGUAUCACGUCACGUCUUCCCCAACUACGUAGAUGCUGACGAUGGAAUAAUAUUUGCGCAUCGAGUAUUAUGAU